UUGAAAUAACUUUGCCCUCGCGCCGCUCUUGCAGUCCAAUAAUGUCUGCAGAGAGACGAGGAGACACUUUGUGCGUCUUUAUCAAUGGCAAGAAGGUGCAGGUGGAAGAUGCCGAUCCAGAGACGAUGCUGUUGUCCUUCCUCAGGCAAAAGCUGAGGCUAACGGGAACCAAGUCUGGCUGUGGGGGUGGUGGCUGUGGGGCCUGCACCGUCAUGGUGUCGCGCUACCAACCUGCAACCAAAACCAUCACCCAUUACGCUGUGAACGCCUGCCUCCUGCCGCUCUGCCAGCUCCACGGCGCCGCUGUCACCACAGUGGAGGGCAUCGGCAGCUCCACAACCAGGGUCCACCCGGUGCAAGAGCGAAUAGCGAAGGCUCACGGCUCGCAGUGUGGCUUUUGUACGCCGGGUAUGGUGAUGGCUACCUACGCUCUGCUGAGGAACAAACCCAAACCCACCAUGGACGACAUCACGCUAGCUCUGGCUGGUAAUCUGUGCCGUUGUACUGGAUAUCGACCCAUCGUAGAUGGAUGCCGAACCUUCUGUCAGGAGGCCAAUUGUUGCCAAGUCAACGGCGGAGGAAACUGUUGCCUCAACGGCGAAAAAAUUACCAACGAAGAUUCAAAGAAAAACCCGGAACUCUUUAAUAAGGACGAGUUCCUUCCACUGGAUCCAACGCAGGAGCUCAUCUUCCCCCCGGAACUGAUCCUCAUGGCGGAGACGGCGAACGCCCAAACGCUUGCUUUUUACGGCGAGAGGAUGAGCUGGCUGUCACCAGCCUCCCUUGAGGAGCUGAUCCAGCUCAAGACCAAGCACCCCAAGGCCCCAUUGGUCAUGGGCAACACCAACAUUGGUCCUGACAUCAAGUUUAAAGGUGUCGUUCACCCUUUGGUGAUCUCACCCAGCAGGAUCAAGGAGCUCUAUGAGGUCUCUCGGACUUCACAGGGUGUUUGGGUCGGAGCGGGCUGCACUUUAGCGGAGCUCCAUUCCCUGUUGGAGAAACUGGUUUCCGAGUUUCCAGCUGAGAAGACCGAGCUCUUCGGAGCGCUGAUCCAGCAGCUGGGCAAUCUGGGAAGCCAACAGAUCCGGAACGUUGCGACUCUUGGGGGCAACAUUGCUAGCGCUUACCCAAACUCAGACCUGAACCCUGUUUUGGCGGCUGGGAGCUGCAAAGUGAUUGUCAUCUCCAGCGUAGGAAGACGAGAGCUACCCCUCAAUCAGGACUUCUUCGUGGGUUUCGGAAAAACUGUCCUGAAGCCGGAAGACGUUGUUCUGUCGGUUUUCCUUCCUUUUUCCAGAAAGGGGGAGUUUGUCCGAGCCCUCCGUCAGGCGCCAAGGAAGGAGGUGUCGUUCGCCACUGUGACAACCGGGAUGCGGGUGUUUUUCUGUGAGGGCUCUGCGGCGGUUCAGGAAGUCAGUAUUUACUUUGGAGGCGUGGCUGCCACCACCGUUAGCGCCGCCAAAACCUGCAAAGCCAUCGCGGGAAGGCUGUGGAGCGAAGAGACCCUCAAUCGGGCCUAUGAAGUCCUCCUGGAGGAGUUCGUCCUGCCCCCCUCUGCUCCUGGGGGAAAGGUUGAGUUUCGCCGCUCCCUGACCCUCAGCCUCCUCUUCAAGUUCUUCCUGGAGGUCCUGCACAAGCUCAAAGAAAUGAACGUGAUCAAAGAGGAGAUUCCAGAGAAGCUCCUGGCCUUACCCAAAGACAUCCAACCAACCUUGCAGGAGUUUCAGGCUGUGUCAAAGGAACAGAGUGACCAGGACCCUGUGGGGCGUCCCAUGAUGCAUCGCUCCGCCAUCAGCCACGCUACCGGUGAGGCGGUGUACUGCGAUGACAUCCCCAGAACAGAGGGGGAGCUCUUUCUGGUUUUGGUCACCAGCACUCGCGCACACGCCAGGAUCACAGGCCUGGAUGUGAGCGAAGCGCUGAAACUUCCUGGCGUUGUAGAUGUCAUCACGGCCAAGGAUAUUCCCGGGAAGAAGGUCCGCCUCAUGUUCGGUUACCAGGAGGAGGUACUCUCUGAUGACGAGGUGUCCUGCAUCGGUCAGAUGGUCUGCGCUGUGGUUGCUGAUUCAAAGCCGCACGCCAAGCGUGGAGCAGCGGCUGUAAAGAUCACUUACGAGGACUUGCCAGACCCCAUUUUCACCCUGGAGGACGCCAUCGAGAAGUCGUCUUUCUAUGAGCCUCGGCGAUUUCUCGAGAUGGGAGACGUGGACGAAGCUUUUGAGAAAGCCGAUCGAGUUCACGAAGCCGAGGUUCGGAUGGGAGGCCAGGAGCAUUUCUAUAUGGAGCCCCAAAGCAUGCUGGUCGUUCCCGUUGGCGAAGAAACAGAGUUAAAUGUCUACGUCUCUACUCAGUGGCCCGCUUUGACUCAGGAGGCGGUGGCAGAGACUCUGGGAAUCCCUUCCAAUAGGGUCACCUGCCAUGUCAAAAGGAUGGGCGGAGCUUUUGGAGGGAAGGUCAUUAAAACUUCCAUCCUGGCCUCCAUCACCUCUGUCGCUGCGUGGAAGACCAAUCGGGCUGUCCGGUGUGUCCUGGAGAGAGGCGAGGACAUGCUGAUCACAGGAGGGCGCCACCCCCUCCUAGCAAAAUACAAGGUUGGGUUUAUGAACGAUGGUCGUAUUGUAGCUGCAGAUCUGUCGUAUUACGCCAACGCUGGUUGUAAAGUGGACGAAUCUGUUCUGAUUGCGGAAAAGUUCCUCCUGCACAUGGAGAAUGCUUACAGCAUCCCUAACCUGCGAGGAUCUGCUGCCGCCUGCAAGACUAACCUGCCGUCCAACACGGCCUUCAGAGGCUUCGGUGUGCCGCAGUGCCUGUUCGUGAUCGAGAACAUGGUCAACGACGUGGCAGUCCUGCUGGGACGCCCUGCAGAUCAGAUUCGGGAGACUAACAUGUACAGAGGACCAUCGUCAACCCCCUACAAGCUCGAGUUCAGCCCGGACAACUUGCUGCGCUGCUGGGAGGAGUGCAAACUCAAGUCCGACUACAGCGCCCGCUGCAAAGCUGUAGACCAGUUCAACCAGCAGAACCACUGGAAGAAGAGGGGCAUCUCCAUCAUUCCUAUCAAAUACGGCAUUGGCUUUGCAGAGAGCUUUCUAAAUCAGGCCGCAGCUCUGGUCCAUAUCUACAAGGACGGUUCUGUUCUGGUCACUCAUGGCGGGACAGAAAUGGGACAAGGAAUCCACACGAAAAUGCAGCAGGUUGCGAGCCGAGAGCUUCACAUCCCAACCACCAAGAUCUACAUUAGCGAAACCAGCACCAGCACGGUCCCCAACACCUGCCCCUCAGCCGCGUCCUUUGGCACCGACGCCAACGGAAUGGCAGUCAAGAAUGCCUGUGAAAUUCUGUACCAGCGCCUGGAGCCAAUUAGGAAGAAGAACCCCAAAGGACCAUGGGAGAAUUGGAUUCGAGAUGCGUAUUUUGAGAAGAUCAGCUUAUCCGCCACAGGAUUCUGGAGAGGUCCAGAUCUUUACAUGGACUGGGAGAAAAUGGAGGGCCACCCCUAUGCCUACUUCACAUUUGGAGUAUGCUGCAGUGAAGUGGAGCUGGACUGCCUUGUGGGAGACUACCGGACUCUGAGAACAGACAUUGUGUUUGACAUCGGCAGAAGUUUAAACCCAUCUGUGGAGAUUGGCCAGAUUGAGGGGGCAUUCAUGCAAGGCUUGGGGCUUUACACUUUGGAGGAGCUGAAGUACUCCCCCUCUGGGCUUCUGUACACACGGGGCCCAUCGCAAUACAAGAUUCCCGCAGUCUGCGACAUGCCGCUUCAGUUUAAUGUUUACCUGCUGCCGGACACCUACAACCCCCACGCCAUCUACUCUUCCAAGGGUAUCGGAGAGCCGGCACUCUUCCUGGGUAGCUCCUGUUUCUUCGCCAUCAAAGACGCGGUGGCGGCGGCACGCUCCAAUUCUGGUCUGGUCGGCCCAUUUACCCUCGACAGCCCUGCGACUCCAGAGAGGGCCUGUUUGGCUUGUGCCACACCGUUCACUCGGAAGAUUCCAACCAGUGAGCCGGGAUCAUUCAGACCGUGGGCCUUAAACAUUUAAAAAGUCAAUCAAUUUCUUAAACGCACUUAGUGAUCCAAUCAUUGAACCUGAUUAUUCAACCAUUUAACUGAAACACAUAAGCUAAACGAUUUAAUAACCACUAAAUGAUUUUUUUUAAAUCAAUAGUUUCCAGUUAUGCACUUAAGUAACAUUAGCAUUCAUUUAGCAAACAUUAGCUAUCUGUUAGAAUACCUAGUGAGGGGAAAAGACCAUGAUGAUUGAAUGUUACUAAUACUUAUCAAGUACUAUCAAGCAGAAUCUUACCUGGAGAUCGCGCUAUUUGAUUUCGUCUUAAAGUACAAAUGUGUUCUAAAAACUUGGUACUAAUUGUGAACCUUUUUAUGAGAAAAGAUGAGUUUCCAAUAAAUACCAACUACUUAUAAAUGGAAGCACUAAUAGGGUUUUCUAUUUGUUAAUCAAAUGUUGGUAAAUAGUCGAGUUUCCAAUGAGCGGUACAGUAAGGUACAGUCCGGUAUUUUGAGCGUUUCCAUUAUAAAAUGGACCCAAUAAGUCAGAACGAAUUGUACCAUUUUUGGGUCCCCGUUGGUUGUAUGUCCACAGAAAUAAUUGGAACAGACCAGUCAGGGCGGAGCUACUGUUGGAACCCAUUGAUUGGCUGAAGGUCAAGAAAGUGGCUGUAUUCGUCUUGGCGGCCCACGAUCUUCUCUCAGACAACACUAAUGGAGUUCAAGGACGGGCUAAAGCCGUGGUCACAGAUACAACUGCCAUUGGCCGAUGGGGAGGCAUCGGCGGAAUCUUCAAGAUUGGCUGCCGCUGCCCGAGUUUUCUGAAAAUCGUUGGUGUGGUCAUGAAUGCAGAUGGCAGGGAUGACGUCAUUACUAAAGUGGCCGACGGCUGGGCGGCAGCCUUGACUGGACGAUAAAUGCCUCCGGAUGGCGGCCGUCCAUAUCAAGUGCCGCCAGCCGCCCGGGGCAAUGUUCUCUGAAAAUAUGUGCAGCGCACAAAAUAAAAUUGCAUACACAAUUUUACUACUUACAAUUUUAAAUAAAAGUUACAAACUCAGAUUUAUUGGAGAUGUGGCGCUCACGAAUGGAUCAUUAACACGAACGAUGGUAAUGGAUGAACGCCUGGCUGUUCUCUAUUUCCUUUUUUUGUUUUCCCUCCCCUGAGUUUCCUGCCACCGAACUACCAGCGCGCUACCUCUCGAUGUCCCAGGGCGGUGGCUGACCACCGAUGUCAAGAAAUCAUCCAGUCGCUGUUGAAUUGUAACGUCUUGAACCAUCGGCGGCGUGUCAAAAUGCGACCGCAGCCGCCCAAUGAAAAGUGGCCAGCUGUCGAAUUUGCUGAAAAAAUGGCAUUGAGGUUGUGUAUGUGACCUUAGCUUAAACCCGCAUUUAGCAUAUGAUGUUCAUACUACCCGAUACUAGCACAUGUACCUACAGUUGUGAGAUGUCAAAAUGGUACAAAUCUCACGAAUCUUGCUUUUUUCACUGCUCUAUUCCGAUAUAUGAAAGACUUGGUGUGGUAGAAUUAUUAAUUUCUCCUGUCAAAAGCUGGUGGUGUAGGAGCCAAAAAUGCAGGAGACCAAGCUUAGUGGCAGAAAGUUUGACAUUUAAUAAAUAAACUUGAA